AGCAUCCUGGACAUGACUGCUUGCUUACUGGCGUGUGGUGUAGAUCCAACACGAAGCAUUCUUUUUCAACAGUCAUCGGUCCCAGCACAUGCAGAGCUCAGCUGGAUACUAGGUUGCCAUACAACUAUGGCCCGUCUUGCUCGGCUUCCCAUGUUUAAGGAGAAAUCUGGAAAGUUAAAGGAGGUGCCUCUUGGCUUGUACAUCUAUCCAAUUCUGCAAUCAGCCGACAUACUUCUGUACAAGACUACCAGGGAAAGAGAAGUCGCCAGCGUAAGAAGCCUGAGAAACCCCGCUCAGAAGAUGAGCAAGUCCGACCCGGAUCCGAAAAGCCGCAUCAACCUCACGGACACGCCCGACCAGAUACGCGGCAAAGUCAAAAAGGCACUGACCGACUUCACCUCUGAGGUGACCUUCGACCCCGCGAACCGACCUGCGCUCGCGAACCUCAUCGCCGUGCACUCGGCGGCGUCGGGGCUGUCGGCGGCGGAGAUCUGCGUGCGGAGCCGCGGGCUCGAGACGGCGCAGUACAAGAUGGCCGUCGCGGACGCGCUCGUCGCGAGGUUCGAGCCGAUUCGCGGCGAGAUGGAGCGGUUGUCGCGCGACGCCGCGUACCUGCGAUCGGUGCUCGACGCGGGAGCGGAGCGGGCGGCGAAGGUCGCCGAGGUCACGCUGAGGGAGGUGAAGCAUCUCGUCGGAUUCGAUUGACGACGUUGUUUGGAUAUUUGAAACGUAUGAAGGUUUUCUCGCAAACACAACGCUGCACAAUCCUAGUUUAGCACCCGGGAUUAGUUCAUCAUCAUCAUCAUCAUCAUCAUAUCCGUUUAACGUCCACAUCCCACAUGCUAGCAGGUUGGACGUUGCGUGGUGGUUCUUAGAACAUUCUUCCACUUAACCCUGUCUAGCGUGUCCUCAUCUGUGAGGUUCCACACUCUCAUAUCUUUCUGAACAAGCUCUUUCCACGACUUUCUGGGUCUUCCUUUUCUUUGACAUCCAUCUACAUGGAGGCUGGUGCCUGUGUUUAUUCAUGAGCCGCUCCGCUGUACAUGGCCGUACCAUCGC